GCCGCUGUAGGUGAUAUUAUAAAUUAACACGUGUAUUUUUUUUUUGCGUUUUAUCCAAGAGCGAAAAGGUUUGUUUUACAUGUGCGUUUAAAUUGGAUACCGAAAAGGGGGAGGGAGUCCGAGCAACAAGUGGAGUUUGGCGUGGACACUUCUCUAUCUGAGCGACAGCAGCUAUGGAAGAGCAAAAGGAGCCCAACAGCGGCCGGGACUCAACCGAGGAGGAGAGCAUGUCCCUGUCGCCAAACCUCCCAUCCCCUCCUCUGAUUUUGCCCCACCAGGCCGCUCAGCAGACCCACAGAACCACCAACUUUUUCAUUGAUAACAUCCUCCGGCCGGAUUUCGGCUGCAAAAAGGAACCCAGCUACCGAGACCGGAGCCAAACGCCGGGCAGAGAAAACGUCAACCCGCUGGUGGCGAGGCCGACGCACACCGGCAGCCUGUGCCUGGACUCCAACUGCAGCAGCGACAGCACCUCCUCCUCGCCCUCCUCUUCGUCGUCCACGUCCUCGUCGCCUUCAUCCAAACAGAACUCGUCGAAACAAGGAGAACCGGCAAGCAACGGGACUGGCAGAUACGCAGACAGCCCAUCGUCUAUUAUGGUUGUGAGCGGCAGCAAUGGAGGCUCUCCGACCACAAUAAAAGAAAGCCAACCCAUGUUAUGGCCCGCUUGGGUUUACUGUACACGGUACUCGGACCGGCCCUCAUCUGGCCCAAGGACACGGAAACUGAAAAAGAAGAAGAGCAGCAAGGAGGACAAGCGGCCCAGGACAGCGUUCACGGCCGAGCAGCUACAGAGACUGAAAACGGAGUUCCAGGCCAACCGGUACAUAACGGAGCAGCGGAGACAGUCUCUGGCCCAGGAACUCAACCUGAACGAGUCCCAAAUUAAAAUCUGGUUCCAGAAUAAGAGGGCCAAGAUUAAAAAGGCCAGCGGCUAUAAGAACGGCCUGGCCCUGCAGCUCAUGGCGCAAGGACUUUAUAACCAUUCAACGACCACCGUGCAGGACGAGAAGGAGGACAGCGAGUAGUGUGCCCCCCCCCUACCCCCCCACACACCCCCACCCCUCCGGACAUUUCCCUGCUGAUGCUGAGGGCCACUA